CCACCUACUAUAGCACUUGCUAAAACCUAAGUCAUCAUGUCCACCAGAGCUGUUAAUAGCACCAGCUACUCUUUGAGGUCCUCCUCUGCAGGCAUGGGGUCUCAAAACUUCAGCAGCAACUCCUUUUCCCAUGGCUAUGGCGGCGGAGCCAGACAGCAGAGCUACAGCGUCCGCAGCACCGGGGGUGUGGCAGCAGGUGGCUAUAGGGUAGUUGGGGGGUACGUGGCUGGAGGGACUGGGCAAAGAGGGGGCGGGAUGGAGUUUGGGUAUGCGGGCAUGGGUGUUGGCGGUGGUAUGGGAAUGGGGGGUGGUAUGGGUAUGGGUGGUGGUAUGGGGAUGGGGGGUGGGAAGAUGACAUGUAUGGGACCCCCUCAGAUCACUGCUAUUCAGGUGAACAAGAGCCUGCUGGCCCCCUUGAAACUGGAGAUCAACCCCAACAUCCAGGUGGUCCGCACCCACGAGAAGGAGCAGAUCAAGACCCUCAACAACCGCUUCGUGUCCUUCAUCGAUAAGGUGCGUUUCCUGGAGCAGCAGAACAAGAUGCUGGAGACCAAGUGGAGCCUCCUGCAGGACCAGACCACCACCCGCUCCAACAUCGACGCCAUGUUUGAGGCCUACAUCUCCAACCUGCGCAGACAGCUUGACGGUCUGGGCAACGAGAAGAUGAAGCUGGAGGGGGAGCUGAAGAACAUGCAGGGCCUGGUUGAGGACUUCAAGAACAAGUAUGAGGAUGAGAUCAACAAGCGUACCGAGUCUGAAAACAACUUUGUUCUCCUCAAGAAGGAUGCAGAUGCUGCCUACAUUGUCAAGACGGAGCUGGAGGCCAAGCUGGACUGUCUUACUGAUGAGAUUGAAUUCCUCAGGACUAUCUAUGACGCGGAGCUGUGUGAGCUGCAGGGCCAGAUCAAGGACACCUCUGUUGUGGUGGAGAUGGACAACAGCCGUAACCUGGACAUGGAUUCCAUCGUGGCUGAAGUGCGCGCUCAGUACGAGGACAUCGCCAACCGCAGCAGAGCUGAGGCCGAGACCUGGUACACGCAGAAGUAUGAACAGAUGCAGGUGUCAGCCACCAACUAUGAGGACAACCUGAAAAACACCAAGGCAGAGAUCGCAGAUAUCAACCGCAAAAUCAUGAGAUAUCAGUCUGAAAUUGACAUGAUGAAGGGUCAGCGCGGCCACCUGGAGAACCAGAUCGCUGAGGCGGAGGAGCGUGGUGAGCUGGCGGUGAAGGACGCCAGGCUUCGCAUUAACGACCUCGAGGUGGCCCUGCAGAGAACCAAGCAGGAUAUGACCAUGCAAGUACGCCAGUACCAGGAGCUGUUGAACGUCAAACUGGCCCUGGAUAUUGAGAUCGCCACCUACAGGAAGCUGCUGGAAGGAGAGGAGAGCAGGCUGGUGAAUGGAAUCAAAUCGGUCAACAUCUCCAAAAAGUCUUCUUCAACGAACUACAACUCUUACCCCCUGGAAAGCAGUCGCACCACCAGCUAUGUCAGCGGCUCAACGGGGGGAUACAAGGCCAGCAGCACCAGCUACGGCAGCAGCACUUACGUCAGUGGCCAUGAGAGCCGCCAUAUAGGCAGCAGCUUCGACCUGCCUGGCAGCAUCACCCUGGUAGGCACCAACGGUAUCCAGGUCUCUACUAGCAGAGACAUGGAUGCCAGCGUCAGUGUCAAUAGCAGUUCCACUGUCACCAACAACAAAUCCCAGACCACCUUAGUCAAGACCGUUGAUGCCGAGGUGACCUUGAAUGUGGCUUCUGAUGCUGCGUCCAACCAUGCCGAGGAACAGGCGGCUGAGAGCGACAAAUGAGGAGAUUUCGUCUUCACGGGCGACCGUGCAAUUAGCUUACAGUGGAUCUAUCUGUCGCAGAUAUAUGCUUCUCCAACCUACCCUUCACCCUUCCACUAGUUUCACUUUUCUAGCCAGGUUAUGACUGUAUUUACCUGCUGAACAGAACAGUGACAUAUCAAACAGGCUACAUAUAUCCACCUGGAAUCACAGGCAGUCUAACUGUAUCCUCAGUCUAACUGUAACUUUUCCUACCCACAAAGGGUUUGUUUUACAUUGGUAAAUAGGUCAAUGUGAAAGGUUGGGGGUAAGAUUUCCCUAAAAGGCCCCUGAAAGUCGACCCCUAGUGUCCAUUCGAGUCACCAGCAGGUGUCAUUGUGGCACAUGUUUUUCUCUCUGCUUGCUCUGA